AUUACAAACUUCUCGUCAGAUGGCUGUCAAGUCAUCUCAUACAAAAUGGUAGAAGGAGGUUACAAUUCGUAGUCACUGAUGUUAGGAGACGUAACAACAGUGCGUUGUCACAAUUCCAUUCAUGACUAAUUUGUUCGUUUAAAUGUUAUACUUGCUUAGUUUACCGUCAAAUGAUGUAGAUAGGGUUCGAAAGAAAGCUGAAGAUUCGUAUGAGUAAACUGUUUGAAAGGAGUAGAUUUAUUAGCAUAAGUUUGUGUUGAAGAGAAUCUUGACGAAGUUAUAGAGAUUUUUAAAUCACUGUACUUAGUAGUCCCGACGAAAAUGUCAGGAGGAUUUGAACGGCAGAAGAAUUACGGGGCCACUGGAAACAGUGUCCCAAAUGUUGGUUAUGUUGGACUGCAGUUUAGUCCCACAGAGCUAUACAAUUUAAGUGAAAACAUUACAACGAACAUAAACACUGUAAUUAGAAGCUGGAAGAAUUUGGAACAGGCGCUUAAAAGUAUAGGAACGGAUAAAGACAACCAAGGAUUGAGAGAUAAAGUUCAUGUAACACAGCUGAGCUGUAACCAGAUUGUGUCUCAGACAGCAAAAGAUCUUCAGCGGUUGACUGUUGUUGUUAGAAAGGGUGACAAGCAGCAGAAACUUCAAGCUGAGAAACUUACAGGUGACUUCAAAGAUGCAGUACAAUGUUACAGCAGGCUUCAGAAGCAAGUUGCGGAGAAGAUGAAAAUGCAUUUGCUGUCAAGGCAGACACUGGAAGUGACAAGUGAAUACUGUGAUGAAGAUGCUGAUGAAGAACAAAGACUCACUGAAGAGGCAGAGAAAAUUGCAGCUCAGAAGUCUCUGCAGAGGGAAAUUGAAUUUGAACAAGAAAUGCUGUUGGAACGUGAACAGAGGAUACGACAGAUUGAGAGCAACAUUCUGGAUGUAAAUGAAAUCAUGAGGGACUUAGGAGCCAUGGUACAUGAUCAGGGUGACAUUAUUAACUCCAUUGAGAACAACAUUGAGAAUGUGCAUGGGAAUGUAGAACUUGGUCACCAAGAACUGCAGAAAGCAUCAGAGUACCAGAUUUCACACCGCAAGAAGAUGUGCUUCCUGAUAGCUGUGGCUGUGCUCAUUGGGAUAAUUCUCACUGUAAUCAUUGUAACACAACUCAAGAGGUAGCAGUUCGUUGGGAUGGGCCUAUUAUCAUCUUAUUAAUUUUGUAUGGAUUCAAAAUGACAGAAUUUUCUUGGAAUAUGUAUUUUCUUUCAAUAUAACAUACAAUGGCUAUACCUUA